CUGGGAGAUGUGAAGUCUUUGCCUGGUGUCAGAGAGUUGGUGAGACUGCGACCUGGAGAGGCAGAUCAUCAUCUGGCUCUCACACACUGGAUUCUCUCUUCAAACAGCUUUGCUGUGAAGACGCUGCAGAAAGAUGAGUAUGCCAAACUGUGCAACUUGACAGAAAACGAAGGGAUUUCUGCACCUGUGCCAGACUUCCUCUUUGAGGUGGAAUACUGUGACCAGUUGAACGCCAGGUUUGAGAAGACGAGGGCGGGACAAGACGUCUUCUAUGCAUUCCACGGGAGCCGCCUGGAGAACUUUCACUCAAUCAUUCACAACGGGCUGCACUGUCACCUUAACAAGAACUCAGUGUUUGGAGAGGGGACCUACCUCACCAGUGACCUCAGCAUGGCUGUCCUCUAUAGUCCCCACAGCAGCGGCUGGAGAGACAGUCUGCUCGGUUCACUGCUCAGUUGCGUUGCCUUGUGUGAAGUCAUUGAUCAUCCAGAUGUUAAGUGCCAGGUCAAGAAAAAAGAUUCUGAAACCAUCGACCGUCAGCGCUCCAGAGCAAAGAACAGUGAAGGAGGGGACGUACCACAGAAGUACUUUGUUGUCACCAACAAUCAGCUUCUGCGAGUCAAGUACCUGCUUGUUUACUCUCAGAAGAGGCACCUGUCCAGGUAAAAGUCUCACAGGUC